UUUUAUCCAGUGUUUUGUCACGUUAUGAGCUCAGAUUUGGAUGAACAACAAGAUGAAAUACUCGCUCUUCUCAGUAUAUUCGAGCCGGAGGAGUUUGACUGGAAUGAGCCGAAGUCUUCCGGGGAAAUCCGAGUGUGCGUGGAGCUACCUACACGUUUUACUGUUGCGCUAAAACAAGGUGACACACUGAGCCAAUAUGAAAUCUCUUCUCUUCCACCUCUACGCCUGACCUUUGACCUGCCUGAGGAUUACCCAUCAUGCUCUCCUCCUGCCUUCACUCUCAACUGCUCUUGGCUCACCACAAAGCAGCUAUCUUUACUUUCUGCUCAUCUCAAUGACCUGUACCAGACCACAGGUGGCGCUGUUGUGCUUUUCUCCUGGGCCCAGUUCCUCAAAUAUGAGAUUUUAAGCUUUUUCGGCAUCACUGAUAUUUUGGAGAUACCAUCAAAUGGAGUGCAUAAAUCUGGUACAAACUUAGACAACUCUGACAAUAAAGAUUUGACUUUGGAAGAUAACAAAUUGAAUAUUGCAUCUUCUACUAAUUGUAAUGGAGGAGCCUCAGAGGUUGCCAGAUUUGAAGCUCAAAUCACUGCAACUUUGGAGACGCCCUCAAAUGGAGUGAAUGAAUCCAGUACCAACUUGGACAACUCCGAUGAUAAAGAUUCGACUUUGGAAGAAAACAAAUUGAAGACUGCAUGUGCUGCAAACUGUGAUGAAAGAGGCUCAGAGAUUUCCAAAUUGGAAGCGCAAAUCCCUCUUUCUCUAUCCUUGGGACAAGAGCUCCUGUCCCAGCUGUUGAUCCACGAUGCUGCCCAGAAAGAGAAGGCGUUUUCCAGGGAACAGUUUGAAUGCGGAGUGUGCUUUGGGAAUUGGCUAGGCUCAGAGUGCAUUCAGAUAACUGAAUGUGGACAUGUUUUUUGCCGUACUUGUCUCGCAGAUUUUUGCAAAUUUCAAAUCCAGAAUGGAAACGUGACAGACGUUAAGUGUGCUCAGACUGAUUGUAAAGCUGCCCCCACACCUGCGCAGGUGAGAAGUCUUGUUGGCGAGGAGCUGUUCAGCCGCUACGACCGCCUCCUUCUUCAGUCCACUCUCGACUCUAUGCCUGAUGUGGUCUACUGCCCACGUCCAUCCUGUGCCUCUCCUGUCCUCUCCGAUUCCUCCAGCUCCAUGGGUCUUUGCACCGUCUGCAGCUUUUCCUUCUGUGUCCUCUGUAAGAAGACCUACCACGGGACUGAGGCCUGCUACACUCCAGGCCCCAGGGAAGAGAGGGCAAAGGGGGCUGAAGGGCAGACUGAACCCUACGCCCCAAUACCACAGUCACAAGUGGGGAGGAUGGCUCUGUGGGACGACUACUCCGGUGGGGGCAGAAAGAGACAGAGGGUCCUGGAGGACAGGUACGGCAGAAGGACUUUACUGGAGUUCCUGGAGAGCUGCCUGACCUCAGACUGGAUUAGAGUCAACACCAAGAACUGUCCUCACUGCUUCAGCCGCAUCCAGAAAACUGAAGGCUGUAACUGCAUGACCUGCUCGUGGUGCCGCCGCCUCUUCUGCUGGAACUGUUUAGCUAAAUCUCCUGGUUCUGAGCACUUCGCAUACUACUGUCCAUUAUACAUGGCUCAGACCCCCAGCGUCCCCUCUUACCCCGACCACCCCUACUGACGCUACCGCCUCUUAUUUAAUCAUUACAAAUCUGUUUACUUGUAGGUUGCCAACUGUAACUAUUUUUCCUAUUGAUCACACUGUACUUUGCCAUGAAAUAUCCAAAAGGUAAAUGCACAAAUACUGAAUCUGAUCAUUUCUAUUAGUGACUAGACUUAAAAAAAAGUUACUGAAUUACAUUACAAAAGUCUGCAUUUGAGCAAUAUUCAUUUUAAACUCAUCUGCAUUAAAUAUUAUUGGCCUAUAGAAUGUUGUGACGUCAUCUGAAACCCAGCAAUAUAAAUUAGACUAGGCCUAUGCGUUUCAUUAAAACACAGUGAACAUAAUUGUAUUUCAGAUUGUACAAAAAAUGUUUACUUUGUUUUUUUAAAUUCUGGAUUAGUCAUAAUAUAGUAUAAUUUUGUUUCCCUGGUUGGGCAUGGGUAGCAGAAAUGACAUACGCACAGUUGAUUCCAGCUGUUACCUAGCAACCAAAAACAAUCAAAAUGACGCAAUAUUUAUGAUUGCCCAUAGACUAUAUAUAUAUAUAUAUAUAUAUAUAUAUAUAUAUAUAUAUAUGUAAAUGGACAUAGCUAACCUGCUAGCCGCUGCGUUCCUAAUAGGAAGUGAGCAUGGAUGUAGCUCCUACUCCAUCAACUCUGGCUCCAUUCACUUUCUAUUGAAAAACUGUCACUCCUCUCUCUCUAACUGGUGCUGUCAGGCUGGUGCUCACUGCUAAACCAGGAGGCAUUACCUUCAGCAGCCUUACUCCAUAUUGGAUUUUUUUGCUCUGAUACUUGCAGUCACAAUUUCUAAUAUGGACCUUGGCUCCAAAUUGGCCCUUAUAACUGCUAGCCCCGAUGAGCUUCAUUUGACUGGAGCUGACCGCUAUGGGUGACGUCACACUC